AUUAACUCUCACUUGAACUCUCACAAAUCCAUCUCUCCCAUAAUCCAUGCCCAACGAUGGACGGUCUCAGACAACGGGAUCGCCCGAUCCUCGCACAGCCCAUCCCCCAUCCACCCCGCCAAAAUCCUAAUCCUCCUGCUCCUGCUCCCCAACGUACAAUACGCAACGUACACCGAUUCGUACAACGCUACAUCAACCCCCUUCGACCACUCAUUUUCGCCUUCGUUCUCGCUGUCUUCUCCCUCAUCCUGGCAGUAUCCAUAUUCUUUUCUCCGUUAGCUUUCGUUCAUCGCCACCUCUCCCUACAGGACCCGACGAAUAUCCAAGAUGUUCAGAAUGGGUGGGUGGUUAAGUAUCGCCUAGGCGAGGAGGAGAGUGAGCGGCAUUUGAGAGAUGGAGAAGUCAUAGGACACGCCGAUUUCGGGGAUGGAAGAAAGAGGGUAUGUAAAGAAGAAUUCGUACAACCCGAAAGUCAGGCGUUGGGGUGGGUGAAUGUCAUGCUUGGUAACGGAGGGCCGGAGCCAAACUUGAGCGGAGGUAUGAUCCCGGCUGUCGCACCUCCAUUCGGUAUGACUCGCUGGUCACCCCAAACCCGCAAAAACUACGUUUCAAUGUGCCCAUACAACCAGACGGAUACAAAGCUUCACGGCUUCAUCGCUACCCACCAACCCGCCAUUUGGAUGGGCGAAUCCGGCCCCGUAGAAAUCUCUCCCGGUCUAGGUACUGCCAUCGUCACCGAUUUCGACAAGCGUGGUCUACCGUUCAAGGGGGAAGAUGAAUACGCCAGUGCCAACUAUUAUCGGAAUUUGCUGGAUGCGGGUGAUAACGGUGAAAUUGAAGUUGAGAUGAGUGCCACUUCAAGAGUAGGCCACCUCCGCUUCACAUUCAACCCCUCACUUUCUCCUCCCUCCUAUUCCAACCCUUCGGGACCAACGGCGAUACCAUACAUAACCCUCCAAUCAAGCCGAGCCACAUAUCUCGUACACGGUGAUAAACCAGAAGCCAGGGUACCCUAUUUCCCGAAAGGAUUUGUUGAGAUUGAUGUUGAAAAGCAGGAGGUAAGGGGUUGGAACGAUGAGCGGCAGGACCACAUCCUAUUGGGUGCCGCCCUCCCCGCAUCAAACUUCAAGGCCUACUAUGUAGCCCGAUUCUCCAAACCUUUCAAAACAUUUGGCAUUUCCCAUCACGGCCAUAUAGAGAGGGGUGUCGGAGAAACAAGAGGGGAAGGAGAGGUGUUGGCCGGGUGGGUAAGUUUUGAAGAAGAGGCGGUGACAGUGGAUGUAAAGGUGGGAGUUAGUUUUAUCAGUGUUGAACAAGCUGGCCGCAACAUCGACCUCGAAAUCCCACGCACUCAGUCCCUCUCUACAACUUCUUACCAAACCCGCUCCUCGUGGGCCGAGAAACUAGAUCGUCUGUCCGUAUCGGGCGCGACACCCCAGAAUUUGACCGUGUUGUAUACGUCGGUGGCGCAUACGCUCGUUUACCCUUAUGAGAUUCAUGAGUUUGUGCCUGUUGACCAAGAUGCGGAGGGAGAGUGUGAAGGGGAGGGAAGGGGAAAAGGCGAAUGGCAAUACUUUUCCGGAUACCUCAACCACCCCACCCGUGGUUUAUCCUACUCUGGCUUCUCCCUCUGGGACACUUUUCGUGCCCAAACCGCUUGGCUCCUCCUCCUCGCGCCUUCGAUUGUACCUUCAAUGCUAGCCAGCAUGCUACAAGAUUUUAGAGAAGGGGGCAGGUUACCCAUGUGGAAGAAUUUGGUGGAGACGAAUAUUAUGGUGGGGACGCAUGCGGAUGCCGUGCUCGCUCAGGCGAUGGAGGUGGGUGUCAACGAUUUUGGAGGGUUUGGGAAGAACGAGGUGUGGGAGGCGGUUAGGGAGGAUGCGUUUACGCCACCUGAGAGGGAUACUGAGCUUAGGUACUUUGACAGAGAAGAAGGUACACCCCAAGAAGCACGAGCGGGAUUGACUGAAUACAUGGCGUUAGGGUAUGUCGCGGCGGAUCUACAUUCUGAAGCGGGUAGUCGGACUUUAGAUUACGCCUAUGACGACCACGCCGCCGCCAUCAUCGCCUCCCACCUCUCCCUCCCCUCCUCAACCAUCGACCUCCUUCGCAACAGGUCAUUAUCAUACAAGAACAUGUGGAACGCCGAGACAAAUUUUAUGGAGAGUAGGAAUAGUGAUGGAUCUUGGGCUGGGGAGGAUGCAGGUUGGACAGAGGGUGACCAUUGGGCUUAUAGCCUUGAUGUCAUGCAUGAUGUGCCAGGGCUAAUUGAGUUGAUGGGUGGGAACCAAUCCUUUAUCGACUUUAUGAACCGUCAUUUCGAUGAAGGGCACAACCUACACACCAACGAACCCUCUCAUCACAUUCCAUAUCUCUACAUAUUCGCCGGUGCUCCAUACAAAACUCAAGAAUGGGUCCGCUCCCUCGGUCAAUCCGAGUAUAACCACACCGCAACUGGACUAUCGGGCAACGAAGACUGUGGCCAAAUGUCCGCAUGGUACAUCUUUUCUGCGCUAGGCGUUUAUCCUGUUGAUCCGGCAAGUGCGAAGUAUGUGCUCGGAGCGCCAUUCUUCGAUAAGAUUACUUUGCGAUUACCAAAGGCACCUUGGUAUGACGGGGAUGAUACUGGGACGGAAAUGGUGUGGGAGGUGGUAGCGAAGGGGGCGAGCCAAGGGAAAGUUUAUGUAAAGUCUUUGAAAAUUGAUGGGCAAGAGAUGGAAGGGGUGGAGGUAGGACAUGACGUUUUGGUAAGAGGAGGUAAAUGGGUAUGGGAAAUGGAGGAAACGCCUCAGGUUUGGGGAAUGUGAGAAAGAAAAAAAGAUGUUACAUAAUUGGCUAGUUUCAUAGUAGAACGAGACAACAAACAAGAAUCAAGAAGUAUAAAACAUACGCAUUAUUUGUAAAAUCAAAUAUAGAAUUGCGUGGGCAAAAUGCUGCUUUUUAAACAGCAAUCUCAUCAGAGGCUGACAAAGCUUAAUAAUGCGUUUCAUAGACUCACCAGCUUCCGUCCUCAUAUCCUCCUGGUACAUUUAUAUCAUCGCAAGCUGUUCUGGCGACAGUUCUGGUAUGAUUUCACCCAACUUAUUCAAUGUCACCUUUCUGUCUUCGCGAAGUUUCUCUACCCUCUUCGCCGCCUGAUCUUCCGGUAUCCCUUUCUUUAUCAAAGUCUCCACCAGAUCCAACACUCUCUUCCUCCUACGAUAGAAUUUUCGCUCUGAAUCGUCCUUGAACCGCUUGCCCUUUUUACGUUUCUUUUCCGACCCUUCAUACACUGAUCGGACAGGAGGCUGUCCUUCCAAACCUACUGUGUAUUCCCUCCAAAGAUCAGGGACCGUCUUGACUUCACGCGACAUGGUAAAGCAGGAAUUUGAGGAUCCAGGAGAAGGAUGAGUUUGUGAUGUUGAAGCUUGAGAUUUCGUCUGAGCAUGACCGACUAGAGGUUCUGAAGGGGGUGGAGCGUGUGCUGCUGGUUGUGAUGGUUGGUGUGCAGGCUGCUGAUG